CUCCCGGUUGACGCACGUUUUGGCAUCCCACUCUACACAAGAUCCUCUGGUGAAACUUUGCUCGAUGGCGCAAUGCACUGCACGAUGAGCUUCAAAGGCCAAGGCAGAUACACCGAGCCACACCAGCCAAUGGGGUUCAUCGAGCGUAUCCAAUAACCUUGCACAAACUUACAAGCGAAGGAAAUAUAACGCAGUCAUGUCGCAGGACCUUUUCCGAUUAUGAGAGCUUGGACCCAGCACUCCCUCUCCGGCAGAUGAUUCAAAAAAAUAUAGAUUGUGAUCACGGGUUACGUAUUAUACCCGACAAGACGACAUGGCGCCCAACCUCACAUCGGAGCGACAGCCACUGCUUCACCCAGCAAUAACUACCGGGAGGUCGGACCGUAACACACCAGUACUCCACGAACCUGCCAUCAACAAGUCAUAUCUCACGGGUGAUGAUAUCCCCUCUCCGGAUUAUGAACCGUCCCGAGCGGUCGAGGACGACGUCCUCCCAGAGACAUCGCCACUAGGCCGGACCCUUAGUCGGCACAGCGUCUACCUUCUCAUCAUAUCGCGCGUCAUCGGCAGCGGCAUAUUCGCGACGCCAGGUGCGAUCCUCAGAGCAGUGGGGAGCCCCGGCCUGGCUCUCUUGCUCUGGGUUCUCGGCGCCGUCGUCGCGGCCUGCGCCCUGUCCAUCGGGCUCGAGUACGGCUGCAUGCUGCCACGUUCCGGCGGCGAAAAGGUCUAUCUCGAGUUCACCUACCGACGCCCGAGGUUCCUGGCCUCGACCCUGAUCGCCACUUCGGUGGUACUGCUGGGCUUCACCGCGAGCAACUGCAUCGUCUUUAGCGAGUACGUCUUGUUCACCCUCGGCAGGGAGGAUGCUCCCGAGUUUCUGCGCAAGGGCCUCGCCGUCGGGCUGCUGACCGCCGUCACGGUGAUCCACGGCGUGUUUCCCAAGACCGGGGUACGUCUGCAAAACCUUCUCGGCUACGUCAAGAUCGGCACCAUCGUGUUCAUGAUCCUAUGCGGGCUGUACGUGGUGGUACUGGGACCAAGCGCCAUCUCUGCCUCCACAGACAACCAGUCCUCGGCGGGACGGAGGCUUUUUGCCUGGGAGGAUAGCAUCUGGACCGGCAGCGUCUGGAACUGGGGCGUCAUUGCCACCUCGCUCUUCAAGGUGACGUACUCGUUUGCCGGACUCGAGAACGCCAACAACGUCUUGAACGAGGUCAAGGAUCCCGUUCGAACAUUGCGGUUCGCGACCCGAGCGGCGCUGGCCACCGCGUGCUUCAUGUACAUCCUCGUCAACCUCGCCUACCUCGCCGUCGUGCCGCUCGACGACAUCAAGGCCAGCGGCGAGCUGAUCGCUGCUCUCUACUUUGAGCGGCUCUUUGGUCCGCAGGUCGGCAGGGUCGUCCUCCCACUAGCAGUCGCCCUCUCCGCCGCGGGCAACGUCCUCGUCGUCGCAUUCUCCCUGUCGCGGGUCAAGCAAGAGGUCGCUCGCCAGGGCCUCCUCCCCUUCGGAAACGUACUGUCGUCGACUAGGCCCUUUGGCUCACCGCUGGGCGGGCUGCUGAUGAACUUUGUCGUGUCGGUCCUGGUGCUCGUGCUCCCGCCGUCCAAGGAGGUGUACUCGUUCAUCCUGGAGGUGGAGAGCUACCCGGGUCAGUUCUUCGCCCUGGCCAGCGCCUGCGGUCUGCUCUACCUCCGACGCAAGAAGCCGGAUUUGAAGAGGCCGUUCAGGGCUUGGAUACCCGCCGUGGUGCUUCGCAUCAUGGUGUGUCUAGCGCUGAUUGCUGCGCCCUUCUUUCCGCCUGCGACGCCAACCGAGGGCGGCAUGUUUUAUGCAACGUAUGCCGUUGUGGGCUUCAGCAUCAUCAUGAUUGGUCUGGUCUACUGGUUUGCCUGGACCAUACUUGCCCCAAGGCUCGGGGGUUACAAGUUGGAGGAGAAGGCGGAAGUUUUGGCAGAUGGAAUGACCGUUACCAAAUAUGUACAUGUUCCGACCAGGUGAAGGUUGGCGCAGCCAGCUUAUCACGCGGCUUGGCGUCUCGUUCGAACCUACAUCUGCGCUGCUUUGAGGGGCAUCUAUGAGUCGAGCAUGCUAAUAUAGGAUGGGGAUAAACAUAUAUUUGCUGACUUUUAUUUUUCCUUUUCUGGUUCAAACCUACGAGGUUACAUUCGUAUGUACAUAACAUACGUUGCACACCUAAUUAUAUGAGGUUGGGGGUGACCCCGGUAUACCGAACACUAGGGUCAGGUGGCCUGGGGCUCGGCAUGGAUUUCAACUAUGUAGAGCUAAGUAUGUAAUUGCUGUCGUCAUGCGAGAAAUUCGCGUGUAAAUUGUCAUUAAUGGAAGGAAAACGCAUUAUUAGGUUGGAG